UUUUGGUCGUCCUGUUCCGGUGCUGCUGCGGGCGGGCAGGAUUCAUUUGAUGCGUGAGUGCCACCCUCUUGUGUGCCGUGGGAUAACAAAGACUCGACGACUCGACGAGAUUGCUCGACGCACGACGGCGAACGAACGCGUAGCUGCCCAAAAUCUGUCAUCGCAGUAGAAGGCACAACAGCGAUGGAUCGUUUCUCGAUUUAACAACAAAAUUCCGCAUUUUUAAGUGAACAUCAAGCGAAAAAAGUAAAUUGUGCGUGCGCGUGUAUAUACUAAAUUGAAGUAAAUUAUUUGUGAAUGUAGAAAGAAAAGGCCAAAACCAGAGUGCACAUAUGAAGGGCAAAAGCUAAAAAUCGCCCCCGGUGUGUGUGUGUGUGUGGUUUGUACGUGUGGGGUGUGGGUGGAGUGAGUGUGUAUGUGUGCUGUGGCGGCGGAUGUACAAAGAGGCGACUCCCUUGUAUCACAAUAAUGCCUGUAUGUGUGCGUGUGUAGGCAAUAUCUGAAGGCAAAGGAUCAUGAUAGCGAAUUGAUUCACUUGUUCGGAUCAUUUGCACGAAGUUCUCGCCGCUCGAUGAGUGCGCAUCAAUUCGGCCAGUAGUAGCAGCUAUAUUGUGCGCGCAUCGUAGAAGAAAAUAAUCAAGAAUAAACGGGUGAAAUCAAACGCGCGAGUGUCUGCAAAACGUGUGCGAGAAAAGUGCUACACAGCAAUCGUCGAUCCGUAGUGUAGUUUCUAGCUGUCCGUUUUUUUUGUUUGUUUUGUUCACUUAAUCCGGCACGACGCGGUCGAAGACGUGGGGCAAGACGACGGCACUUUCGCACCCAUUCAGACCACAGCACGAUCGGUGGCGGCCAUCCGGUUCCGGCUGAUCGGGCGAAAAAAUGCAUCUGAAAUGUGGAUUACUGCUACUUUUUAUGCUGCUGCUCCUCAACGACAUCGAAAGUGGUUACGUAAGAGAAUCAAAAAAAGCACGUCCCCUCAACGAGUACAUAUCGCAUUACGAGAAGUUGAGCUACGAUCAUGAGCAUCUGCAUGCUAGUCACAGCCGGGCGAAACGAUCGGUCACCAAAGAUCAUUACGUACAUCUUAGCUUUAGCGCACACGAUCGAGAUUUUAACAUUAGACUUAAACGCGAUCUCAGCACAAUAAGUGAUAAGUUAGAGAUACAUACCGACAAGGGACCGGUGCAGGUCGAUUCGUCCCACAUCUAUCAUGGCGAGGUGAUUGACGAUCCGAACAGUUACGUGUUCGGUUCGAUUUUUGACGGUGUGUUCGAGGGCAAAGUGAUCACCUCCGAGGACGAGUACUAUGUGGAGCGGGCGAAGCACUAUUUUCGCGAAUCGUCCAAUCCGGAAACGCACCCGCUGCAUCACACCGGUGACGGUGAGCCACCGUUCCAUUCGGUGAUCUACAAGGACCAGCACGUGGACGAUCCUUACCGGCACCGGAGGAAAGGACACCCGUCCGGAUGUGGUGUGCAUGAUGAAGUUUCGGCGUGGAUGGAUCGGAUACAGAAUUCUGCCGUAGAAGAAACGGAGGAAGAGGACGAACGUCAAGAUGAAGAGGAAGAAGAAAAAGAAGGAGAAGAAGAAGUAGUCCAAGAAGAUAAUCAGAAGCGACAGUCCCAUAAUGAAAGUAGUGCCGGCGGCCAGCAGCAGCAGCACCAGCAACAACCUUUAACAGCACCGACCAAGCAUAAAUCAAAUGCCAAAGCGAAGCGCCGUUCGGCUACGCUGGAGAAGGAUACGCGGCCCGACAUCGGCACUAACGACAUUCCCAUCGAAACUGGAUACGAGUUUAAGUAUCCGUACGAAAAAUACUCCAAGGCGGCCAACUGGCGAGCGUCGGGCGAAAGCGUGACCGACUCCGAAUGGCACUGGAAGGCGCACGAGCGGGUCCGGCGAGCGGCCCGGCCGAAGGAAGACUAUCGGAACACGUGCUCGCUGUACAUUCAGUCCGAUCCGCUGCUGUGGAGUCACAUCCGGGAUAGUAUCGUCGGGCAUCUCCAUCGGGCCCGUCGCAACGAGCUGGAGGAGAAAACGCGCGAAGAGAUACUGUCGCUGAUCAUACAUCACAUCACUGCCGUCAACUACAUUUAUCGCAACACAAAGUUUGAUGGACGAAUAGAGCAUCGAAACAUUCGGUUUGAGGUCCAACGCUUGAAGAUUGACGACGACUCGUCGUGCGGGGAAAACCAUCACGAAGAAACAAAUCCACUCUGUCUGGAAAAUAUCGACGUAUCGAAUUUUCUCAAUCUACACUCGCUCGGCAAUCAUGAGGCGUUCUGCCUGGCGUAUGUGUUUACCUACAGAGAUUUUACCGGCGGUACGCUUGGGCUGGCCUGGGUUGCAUCGGCUUCCGGUGCUUCCGGCGGCAUUUGCGAAAAGUACAAGACGUACACCGAAACGGUCGGCGGUCUGUACCAGAGCACUAAGCGCUCGCUCAAUACGGGCAUCAUUACGUUCGUGAACUACAAUACGCGCGUCCCGCCGAAGGUGUCUCAACUGACGCUUGCUCACGAAAUCGGACACAACUUUGGCUCACCGCAUGAUUAUCCGGCCGAGUGUCGCCCGGGCGGUAACAAUGGCAAUUACAUCAUGUUCGCCAGUGCAACGAGCGGCAUCCGGCUGAACAAUGGCAAGUUUUCGCCGUGCUCGGUGCGCAACAUUUCGAACGUGCUGGACGCGAUCGACGAGAACAAGAAGCGCAACUGCUUCCAGGCGUCGGAGGGCGCGUUCUGCGGCAACAAGAUCGUCGAGAUCGGCGAGGAGUGCGACUGUGGCUUCAACGAGGAGGAGUGCAUGGACAAGUGCUGCUAUCCGCGGGAAAUGUCCGAAACGAUGCGCAUUGAGAACGUGACGGCGCAGAGCUGUGGCCGGCGGGCACGGACACAGUGCAGCCCGUCGCAGGGACCGUGCUGCGAUAGCAAUACCUGCCGCUUCAUACCGGCCGACGCGCGGGUAACGUGCAAGGAGGAGACGGAGUGUUCGUGGGGCUCCACCUGCAACGGUACGACGCCCGAGUGUCCGGAACCGAAGCCACGGGACGAUAAGACGAAGUGUAACAACGGUACACAACUCUGCAUCAAGGGCGAAUGUUCCGGCUCGAUUUGCCUGCUGUGGAACAUGACGGAGUGUUUCCUGACGUCCAAUAUCAUUCCGAACAUUGACAAGCGCAAACUGUGCGAGCUGGCCUGCCAGAAUGGCAACGACACCAAUUCGUGCCGGAGCACGAGCGAGUUCGCGCGCGAGUACGGGCUGCCGGACGGUGGUUACAGCUUGCGACCCGGUUCACCGUGCGAUAACUUCCAAGGUUACUGUGAUGUGUUUCUGAAAUGCCGUGCCGUGGACGCCGAGGGUGCCCUGGUGCGGCUGAAGAACCUGCUGUUCAACAAGCAGACGCUCCAAACGCUGGCGGAAUGGGCGACGGAGCACUGGUAUCUGGUGUGCAUGUUCGGCAUCGCCUUUAUCAUCACGAUGGGCAUCUUCAUCAAGUGCUGUGCGGUGCACACGCCCAGCUCUAAUCCGAAGAAGGCGGCCGCCUAUCGAAUUUCGGACACGCUGCGUCGCCCAAUGAACACGCUUCGAAUGAUGCGACGACACCAUCAUAACGGAGCCGGGCCGCGUAGUGUCCCUGUGCCGCGGGGCGAACGUUCCCGUAGUGCGGGCGAAAGAGGAGGAGGUGGUGGUGGUGGUGGAGGUCGCGGUGGCGGCGAACGGAAUGGUGGCCGUGGUGUCGGAAACCGCACGCGCAGCGAUGUUGAUAUGCGAAAUGGUGGACCACCCGCGGGGCAUAAUUCUUCCUCGUCCGGCAACAGCCGCCCGUCAAACAGUUCGCGUCCGCCAGCACAUGGGUAUGGCGAAGGCCGUGGCCAACAAUACUACCCACCGAAAGCACCACCAUCCCAGAACUAUAGCCGUAUGAGCAAUGCGGAGCUAUACGCCGAAGCCUAUCCGGAUCGGGGCAUGUACGAACCACCGAGACGCCCGUAUGCUAACAAUAAGGUUUGACAAGAUCGACGCCAAACACGAGAUCACCACCGCAACCAAUUGCAACCAACAGCCGCCACCGUACGCCGAUACCGUCGGUACAGUCCGCAGUUUCGCUACUGCUGUUGGAAAUAAUUGUCCCACUUUGUUCCCAGUUACCAUGCUCUGUCUUCUUCAUCCAUUUUUUUUAAACAAACGACAGCUGUGCUAUUGAUUUCGUUGACGAUUUCAUACAGCAAACCCCCUCUUUCCCAAUAGAAUCACUUUGCAGGGAGAAGGUGAGGGUAUGCAAAUUGAACACGGAUGCGCCAACGAAUGAAGGUAUAUGGGACCGCGCGUAUUGCUCCAGCGGUCAUUGGUUCACAUCCUGUGUCCUUCUGUUUGCUUAUUUUUGUACGAGAUAGAGUAACAGUAGAAUCGUUUAUUUAUAAAUUGAAAGCUAGAACACGAAUGCCGCAUCAAGGAUGUUGAAUAGAUUUCAAACAACAAGAAGAGAAGAGAGAAAGAUGUGUACUGCAAGCGAAUAGUAGGUAGAGGCCGUUAGAUCAAACCUUAGGACGCAACAGAAUACUUGCUGUAAUAUACUACUCUCCCCAAUAUGAUUUUAUGCGGUCGCAAGAUUGUAUUAGUUAAUUUAAUGAUGUACACGGGUGCUCGUGACACUUUAUCUUUUUCACUAUGUGAUGGAAUUCUUUACAUACAUAUAUUUUUAAAAACCGAAUACUAUACGCUACCGUGAUACAAAAAGUGCAGUUGAUCGCAGUGGGAACGCCUCCACCCUGUACGGUCGUCAUACUCGUUUCAAAACGCACGGCGGCAGGGAGAGAGCAAACUGCAAACUCUGAUGUAUUUGUUGCUACAUUAAACAUUCUACCUUUUUGGCAUUUUUAUCUAUGUUUAAUUAUGAAGAGGAAAGUGUCUUGUUUGUUGUUUAAUGUAUGAUUCCCAUCUGCAGUCUGCAAAAACACAAAACCACGAUCCGUCUGUACUCUCCAUGCCGCCAAUGUCCCCCCGCCGUACAAGGGAUCAAAUAAAUGUGCGGAUGGGACCUUAGAUUGGCAUUAUAGUAUGAUGUACAUCCGUGGAACACACACACAUUUACAAGGAAAAUCAGCUAUAGAACACACAUACACACACAUUCAUCUCUGGGUCCAGCAAUAUAGCAGAAAACAAAAGUUAUAAAACAAAAGGGUAAACGCAACAUACAAUAAUGGAAAACGGGAAAAGUUUGUAAAAAAAACAACAUCAGUGAAACAAAGAUGGUUAAGAUAGUUGAGCAAAGCGAAACAGUGUAUUAAAGAGGAAAAAAACACAUAAACACACACACUCUCACCGAAAGUCGAAGAAAUGGAAGCAAAUUGAAGGAAAAUUGUAAGUAACCGUUUAGGAAUCGUUUGUAGCUUAAGCAGAGAGAGAGAGAGAGAGAGAGAGAGAGAGAGCAAUGUUCUUGAAACAUCCCUCCUCUGCACAGAUAUAAAGAAAUACAGAGUAUUUAUAUAGCCGAUGCCAAGCGAAAGUUCGCCUCCGCCGUGUAACUUGCGAAACGUUGAGGGAUUGAUUGAGUUUGAGUCUCUGCUUUGGAAGGGAAGUGCGAAGGAGUGAAAGUUAGCAAAAUUUUGGUGAUUUGUUGAGUGGAAGAAGAAGUGAGUUUGCAGCAAAAAAGGGUGUGUUUGUGCGAGCGUGUGUGUGCGUGUGCAUAUAUAUGUAGGUUUAGGAAGAUUUAUUUACUUUGCAUGAGCCAUCACUUUACGUCUCCCUAUCUCCACUUGUGCAAUGAUGCUGGAAAGGCGGGAGAGUUCGUGUGUUUAUUAGUAUUGUUUUUUUAAAUAGUGUUUCAUUCUGCCUGCAUAACGGAAACUACUAUGAAGUUCCUUUUUUAUCUUUGGUACUUCCCAUCAAAACGGUAACAAUGUUGCAAUCGCACAAAAAGGUUAAGGUUGUUCAGCUAUGUGGCAAAUAAGCUGUUUCCGUUGUUCUGCUAUGGCUAAGCAACACAUAUGAUUUUUUUUAAAGAAUGAUAACUAGUUGUUUUUUUUUGUUUUUUUCAUGAACGUGUGUAAACAAACCCCUUCUUUUUCUUUGUUUUAAUUGUUUACUCUUUCAUUCACAACAAUCAAAAUCACUGAAACUUUUACUCUCGAGACUGCCGUGGGAUAGUUUAGUAAAGAAUAUUGAGUUGUUAAAAAGUGUGAGAAAAAAACAAACAACUAAAACCGCGAAAGUGUAUGUCGGUUCUCUUAAUAAUGUAAAACGAUAUGAGCAAAAUGGGGGGAAAACGUGUGGUAAAAACAGUAGAGAGAAGAAAGAAGAAAAAACAAUAUUUAAAAGCGGAUACAUGUGAUAUAUAUUUUUCUAAAACUAAUAAAAUGAAACCAACCUACUAAACACUGAAACGAGGGGGACAACAGAAAUAACACAAAAAGGAAAGGAAAACAAGCAACCAUAUAUAUAUAACAGACACACGGAUAAGCGCUCGAAAAGGAGAGGGAAAGUAAAACAAUAAUAACAAGCAGCAAAUAUAGAUCAAAAUAAUGAUGCACAAUAGAUGCAAAUGAAAUUUAAAUGAAACACAACAAACAACUGGAAAGUAUUCUCUUUGCCGGAGAAUGCAAACAAAACGCUCAAUACUAAUAGAACGCGCACCAAUCGAGAAGAGUUCAUUAUAACGAAACCCACAAUGAUACACACACAUAGAAAUGUUAAACAACAUACAUUGUUGUUUGCGAAACAAACACAGAAGAAAGAAAAAAAGCGAAAACAUACCCACAAAACCACAAGUCUAUCCAUAUUUAAAUUGUGCAACUGUACGUGAAAGUCGGUCGAAUCAAACCAAACUGGUAGUUCACCCCUCCACCAUCUAGACUCUCUCACGCACUCACAAGAAAUGAUUCCAUCGUUAAGAAACCUCCUUCCGAACAAACCAUAGAAAUUAGUUGAUAAAAGGAAGAUGUUCUGAAUGAAAAUAUGCUCAAAUCUCCUUGCUGUUUUGGUUAUAACUACGUGACGGCGGGCUUCAUUUCGACGCUGUUCAUUAUUUUUCAAAUUCCAUCUCCAUCUGUAUUAGCAAUUACUUUGAGUGAAAAGCAAUGUUAUACUACUAUGCAACAGAUUUACUAUUUUUUCACUAUUCCAAUUAUUCAGUUUUAACGGUCGUAAUGCAGAUGUAAUCUUCUUUGUAGCCAUUAUUUGUGUUCAAUGUUUUAGGUUUAUGUGCAAUUCAUACUCAAAACACAACCAUCAAAAAUUUACACGCUUGAAUCGUUUGGUUUGUCUCAUGUAGGAUACUAUAUAAUUAUGGGAUUUAGAUCUUUGAAAUUUGAAAGCCCGCAAAACAAACCCAAUUUUUGGUUAAACUCGUCAGUAUAUCUCUAUGAAGUUCUCUACUGCCUCUUAAAUUCUUUUAAAAACGAUAUGAUCUUCUGUUAGUAUUACAAACAUGAAUCUUCUUACAUCAUUCGUCUUCUAUCGUAUUUUAGCGUGCAUUUUCUUUUCUAUAAACAUUACCAAAUAAAUAAAAAAAAUACUACAAAGACGAGCAGAACUAUCGAAAUUCCAAACUCGUGUGUGCGUGUACUGAAAAUCAAAUCUCGACAUAUUUUCGUUUCUCGGUUGCGGAAGGGCUGAACGAUAUACGGGUGCGAUUGAAAUACUAUACAAUGCAGUAAUGUUAUGAUGUUGCAAAGGUGAAAAUGUGCAGUGAAAGCUACACAAACUUCCUUUAGCCUUUUAGUUUCGAUUCCAUUAGUUUAUCUAAAUUGUAACGUAACGAUGGCAAGAAGUGUUAUGAACGAUUCAAUCUGCAAGUGGUCACGUUUGGCACGUUUGUGUUGGCUUGUUUACGUUCGUAAUCUUUCCCUCAAGUGUAGUUUCUAAAUUGAAGCAAAGAGAAGACAUGUUGCAGCGGUUAUGUUCUUUAGAAAAGGGAGACAACAAACAAGCCUGAAAGCAAAGUUUAGAGCAAGAGUGACUUGUUUUUAUUGACGGCAUUUUACACUAAAAUUAAUUCUUCCAAUUGAGCGAGAAAGAGAGAAAGUGGAUAAAAGAUUAUGCAUAAAUGAAAGCGGGACAUAUUUCAAUGCGAAACAACAAAAGAAUUAAAGCCAAACAAACAAAGCAUACACACCCAACACAGAGAAUAUAAAAUGGAUGUGGAAUAAAGUGUCAAGUGGGGGAUGUAGCAAAUUAAAUGAAACAACAAACGCUAAGCGCUGCGAUGUGCAACAACAAAAACAUAUACUCUCGACAGUGUGUGUGUGUUUUUGUGUGCUUAGAGCGCUCCCAAACUCCCAAAAUGUAAGCGCAAAAUAUGAAAACGCCCAAUGGGUUAGAGUUUGAGAGAAUCAAAGACGAAAAGAACAAGAAAAAAGGAAACGGAAGGAAAUGAAUGAUUAUUGAAAGAAGAAGAAGGAGUCCGCAAGGUUGUCGUCGGGUGAGGAUGGAUAGCAUGUUUCUAUAAUUGUAACUAUUUGUAAAUGUUUGUAAAUAGCGUUCGAAGUAAGCAAAACUGGAAAAAAUGAAAGUAAGCAAAUAAUAAGAGGAAACCCUUGAAAGUGGAUAAAGCCGAAAGACCAUACAGAGCAGCAUUACGGAACUCUCUCGCGAGAGGAGAAAAAAAGGAAAGAGGAUAGAGAGCUCACGUUCACAGUUUAGGACAAAUGUAAAUGGAUCUUUCAAGAUUGGACAGUUUAAAACGGAGAUCUGUGACACCGGAUGAUCUGAGCAGAAAGUCUGAAACGAUGGGAUUAGUGAUAAUACAAUAAAAGGAGAAUAAAGCAAAACAAAACAUCCUGGUGAAAAAUUAAAA